AUGUUAGAAGGAGCUAAAUCAAUAGGUGUCAGAGCUGCUACAAUUGCUUUAGCCGGAGGAUUUUUAUGGGGUAUUGGAAACGUCCUCAGUUCUUCGAUUCAUUCCGUGGCGCGAAAUCCUUCAUUGGCUAAACAAUCAUUUGGUUAUGCCAUUUUGGGCUUUGCUUUCACCGAAGUUAUUGCAUUUUCGGAAAAAUCCCUCAAAUUCACCGUCUCUGGCCGCACCAGCCUCCGCAGUACAAUCACUCGCUUCCUGCCGGAGGUCAACCACCUAUUCUACGCUCGCAAUAUCCGCAUCGGCACGAACAAAUACGCGGGCGGAACUGCCUUCUUGGCGUUCGACGUUAUCUUCGACGCCGAGGCCGCCGAACGCCAUUCGGGAUUCAGCGUUGCCUACAGAUAUCUGAUCGUCUUGUACUACCAGCAGGCGAAGGUGGGAAAGAAAUUUGACCGGAGAUUCUGGGUCUUCUGGGAAAAGAAAGUUACGGGUCAAAAUAGCGAUUGA